AUGGAUUCACUGAGGUUCUUAACACUAGUGGUCUUGUCUUUAAUAUCUGAAAGAUAUUGUUGGGGCAAGUCACAUCCUAAACCAUCAUGUGGUUACCCUCCAUCUCAGUGGUGUAGAAGUCUGGAGAUUGCAAUUGAAUGUGGGGUUCAAAAGCAGUGUAUGGAACUGAACGCUACGCGACCCGACCCUAGUGUGCCCCCAGUGGAGGUGACGUUGUACUACGAGUCUCUCUGUCCGGGCUGUAGGGCUUUCAUUACCCAGCAACUGUACCCGACUUGGAUCCUCCUCGGCGACAUUAUGACCGUCAAUUUGGUGCCAUACGGCAAUGCAAAGGAAAUUCCAGGUUCGAAUUCCUUUGCCUGCCAGCACGGGGAAGCAGAGUGCCUGGCCAACCUGAUGGAGGCCUGCAUUUUGAACGCCACAAACGAAAUGGCCUUUCCCAUCAUCUACUGCAUGGAGUCAUCCUCUGAUGUCUUAGCAGCAGCCCAGCCUUGUUUGCAGCUCCACACGUCCUCGGUGAAGUGGGAGACCAUUGAGUCGUGUUCCAGAGGAAACGCAGGCCACAACCUGGUGCAUGCGAACGCCCUGAAGACCCAGGCACUGAGACCCGCUCAUACCCACGUGCCAUGGGUUACCUUCAAUGGGGGAUAUUCUCAAGAAUGGGAAGAUAGAGCAAUGUCCACUCUCUUCAAUCUGGUCUGCAGUUUAUAUAAAGGAGGCAAGCCGCCCGCCUGCACCGGAGCUCUGAAAAAACUGAACCGAAGUUUUUGCUGA